UCCCUCGCUCCAAUGAAAACCUUACAAAUUUUCAACACACCAAAUCUUUUGUUACUUACUUCUCACCAAAACUUGUCUACUUAACAAGCCUCCCCAAAUCUCACAAUUUCAUUCACAAGUCGGAUCUGUAAUAUCGUAGAAAACACACACACAAAAGUGAUCAUGGAUAAUAACAAUAAUCAACAAACGUUUUGGCAGUUCAGCGAUCAAUUGAGAGUCCAGACGCCGCACAAUCUUUCCUUAAACGACUCCAUCUGGAGCACCUACAAACGCACCGACGACCGUCGAAACUUCGACAUCCCCGCCGACAAAAACCCUAUCCAGUAUCCGAAUCAUAACAACAACAACAACAAGGCUACUUCCGACAACAACAACAACAACGCUGCUAGCUGGAACACCUGGAAGUCGAGCUCAAACGGUUUCGGACCCAUCGGCUCAAAGUCGACAUCCAACAACGUCAACUUCAACCACGCCGACAAAUUCAGCAACCCCUGGAAAUUCAACUCCGACGUCAACGGCGAUUUCAACAAGGGCAUCUAUUCCUCCUCUCCCAAGAGCUAUGGCUUAAAUUUCAAGAACAAGGGGAUCAUCGAUGACGAUCAUCAUUUCCACCAGAAAGCAGGAGGAGGGAAAAAGAACAGGAAGAAUCACAAUCAUCAGAAGAAUAAUAAUAACAAGGAAGAUGAUCACAAGAACAACAACAACGACAAGAGGUUUAAAACUCUUCCUCCAGCGGAGGCACUUCCCAGGAACGAGACCAUCGGUGGUUACAUCUUCGUCUGCAACAACGACACCAUGGAGGAGAAUCUCAAGCGCCAGCUUUUCGGGUUGCCUCCCAGAUACAGGGACUCCGUCAGAGCCAUCACGCCCGGUCUUCCUCUCUUCCUCUACAACUACUCCACUCACCAGCUUCACGGUAUUUACCAGGCCGCUAGCUUUGGUGGAACCAACAUUGAGCUCAGCGCCUUUGAAGACAAGAAAUGCCCUGGCGAGUCUCGGUUCCCUGCUCAGGUGAGGGCCAUCACGAGGAAAGUGUGUUUGCCACUCGAAGAAGAUUCCUUCCGUCCCAUUCUCCACCACUACGACGGCCCUAAGUUCCGCCUCGAACUCACCGUCCCUGAGGUUCUUUCUCUAUUGGACAUUUUUGCUGAGCAAAACCCUUGAAUUCGUUGGGUUUGGAUUUAAGAAAACAACAACAACAUGAAGACAGACUAAAGUUCCCUUUCAUCAUAUCCACAAAGAGAUAUUUAUACAUAUCAUCCCUAUAUAUGAGGAGUAUUAUUAGUAAUUGUCUCAAGAAAAUGGUGCUAGUUUAUUUUCUAUAAUAUUUACCAAGAGAGGAUGUUUUAAAUUAGAUAGGAGAUGGGCUAUGUUUCCGUGGGUGAGAUGAACAAAACAAAUCAUAUCUUUCACUUUGUGUUUGUGUAAAGUAAAUAAAGUUUCAUGUGUUACCCCCAAAACUGGCGUGAAUGAGAAGUUGAUCCAUGUAUGUAUUUAUUACAACCUUUGCUCUUCUAUUCCCAUAACCCCAUCUAUGAUAUUCAUA